UUCUUUGCGAGGACACGGGCACAAUUUUAAUCAUAAACCUGACCUCACAAAUCCGUUUGUAGUUUUGUAAUGUGGGACGUGCGUGCCACACAUACCGUACUACUAAUCCCUGGAUCCUCUGAGUAGGACCAUGAUUUCUGGGACGGUGUUGCCAGGGGGAAGGUGGCGCCUGGGACCUGUUGGAAAUGACAGCUGAAGAAGGCGGAUUAAAACACAGGGAUCACAAAAACAGUAAACGUAGAAGAUAGCGAAGAAAACUCGCAUCCCAGUGUAAAGGGGUUGUAGAGAUGGAGUCCCUGAUGAGUGCGGUGGCACCGCGCUCCCCAGCCCCUGCCAAGAAGCUGUCAGAGGUGGACUUCCGGUCAGGGGCCACCCUGGAGCAGCUGUCGGCACAGGUGUCUGAGCUGGUGCUAUUGGAGCAGGGGGAGUUUGGAGACCAGACCGCCUUAGAGGUCCACACAGCAAAGGAUUUUAUCUUCAACAUGCUAGGCUUAGUCCAGAAGGUGGACCAGCGCCUCCCAGUGGCCAAUGAGUACCUGCUGCUGUCAGGCGGGGCCCGGGAGGGAGUCUUGGACCUCAACCCCGAGGAUCUGGGGGACUACGCCAAAGGAGCUGAUUUUGACCUGGACUUCACUCUGCUGGUCCCUGCCCUGAAGCUCCAUGACCGCAACCAGCCUGUCACCCUGGACAUGAGACACUCCCCACCCUGUCACUCGUGGCUCAGCCUCCGCCUCUGCGACUCCAACAUCCUGUCCCGCUGGAGCAUCUGCUGCCAGGAGGAGAAUGGACUUCCCACUGAGGAGGAUGAGGAGGAAGAGGGGGAAAUGGGUAAAGGCUCCAUCCCCUCCCUUGGCUCUCCUCAGUCUCUGGAUGGAUGUUACUUCUCUCCCACCCUGGUGACAGACUGGUUCUGGGGCGUAGUGAGUGAGGCCGUUGAGGAGCUGAGGCGCAGCCCCCAGAGAGGCAUCCCCACUCCGGAGCGACUGGAGAGGAACGGACCCCUCACUACCAUCAUCCUCCAGGCGGGCUCCAGCCGUGUGCUGUACGACCUGUUGCCUGUGGUGUCGUUCCGGGGAUGGCCUGCUGUGGCCCAGGGCUGGCUGACCGCCAACCACUUCUGGGAUGGUAAAAUCACAGAGGAGGAGGCCAUAUCUGGCUUCUAUCUGCUGCCCUGCUGCUCCCCGCUGGGUGGCCGGCCCGACAGGGAGUGGAGGCUGGCGUUCUCACGCAGCGAGGUUCAGCUGAAGAAGUGUAUCCCCUUCCCCAUGGCCCAGGCUUUCCAAGCAGCCAAGGCGGUGCUGUCUCGUAUCCUGGCGCGCCCUCGCACAGGCCUCAGUCUCUACCACCUGCGUACCCUUCUCUUCUGGGCCUGUGACCGACUUCCUGCUGCCUACCUGUCCUGCACCGACGCCGACACCCCCGGUCGCCUCCUCCUGGGUCUCCUGGACGACCUGGCUCAUUGCAUCCUGGGUAAAAACUGCCCAAACUACUUCCUGCCCCAGUGCAACAUGCUAGAGCACCUGACUGACAGCCAGGCCCUGCUGGUUGCCAGGAAACUGGCCCACGUGCGCUCAGAUCCCAGCGAGCACCUCCGGGCGGCUCUGGACCAAGCCCAGCAGGCCGGCCAGCUGAAGAAGGAGCUAACAGCUAGCACCAACGGCCACGGCUCUCCGGGGCAUCACCCAGCCAAUGGCAUCAUUUCACCUUCGGAGGACAAGCUGGCGCAGCGGCUGCAGCAGCUGGUCACGGAGAACCCUGGGAAAUCCAUAUCUGUCUUCCUGAACCCCGAUGAUGUCACCAGGCCGCAUUUCCGCAUCGACGACAAGUUUUACUGAGGAGGAUGUGCCGCAGAGAAGACACGUGGAAACGUGUGUGUGUGUGUUUAGCUUACAAACACAACCGGAGGAGUCGGGGGCUGAAACUGAACACACUCCUCCUCCUCCUCCUUCUCCUCCUCUUCCUCUUCACCACCCUGAGGCUGAACAAAGCCUUGCUGCUUGACUGACUCUUUAAACCAAAAACACACUCACGUCCUCCUUACGGACAAAUGACGUCCGGUUUAGUGGGCGCCGCACAACGGAUGUGAUGUCACCGAGCUGUUGCCACGGAGACGGCCCUCUCCCAACGAGCUGGCCUUAACAAGACUCAUCAGCUGGUGCUACAAAGACAGGGGGCCGGCUCUGGUCGUGUGAAACGAGUCCGGGCAGAGGUCGACACAGGAAGCGCGCGUGUACAUGUAUGUGUACGUUUCACAUAUUGCUUACACUGGUAAAGAUGGAGGGAGGAGAGCUCCUUGAUUGCUGCAUUUCUCCCCUUUUUAAUUUUAGAUCGGAGCGGGCGAUGGCUGAAUUAGAAAGGAAAACCAAGGUGUGGCUGAUGUAACUGAAUGUAAUGUUGUGAGCAGAGCCGCCGAGUCUUUGAACAAAGAGCUUCUUCUCUCUUUCAACUACGGUUUAUCUGUCUUUUUUUUUUUGACCCCCCCAUGCUUCAAUUUUUUUUCUUUUUUUUUUUAGUCUUUCUCAGGUAUUCAUAAUACUUACCUUUUUUAUGUGUAUGAUUCCAUUUUAAGGUCUUUAACUAUAUUUCAAUGCCGCUUACAUUUCAUUGGGUAACUGAAUGUACCAAAGAGCUGUGUUUGGUGAGUCUCGCGGAGAGACACGUGCAUCUUACAUAUCCCUGAACAUGGAGUUUUGAUGAAUCGACUGAAUCAUGGUCAGAAUGUUAAUUAGCCUUUCCUCCUUCUAGAGGCCCGGUCACAGCAGCCUUUAAAAGAGCAACAUUUCAGUGAAGUUUCCAAUGGAAUCGAUGCGAUAAAUAGAUUUGUAAACACUACAACAAUUAUAGAGAAUUUAAUACUGAUCAAACAAGCUAUUUAAAAGGUUCCUGGACAAUAUGUUGAGCAUUUUCAGAGGUAAUUUCACUGUGCCACUUUCUGGUGUGACCUGGCCUUUGAAACAGGUUAAGACUGGGUAGAAUGGGACAGUAAAUGAAUUAAACUGAUUAAUUAUAAGAGAAUAGAAUGAUCUGCUGACACUAAGAUAUAAUAUUUGUUGCAGCAUUGGAGAAAUCCUUGACACUGAGCUACCUGAGCAGGUGUUUUAUAGGUUAUUUAGAACAUUUCAAACCCUCUGUGUGGAGAUAUGAGGAAUCACAUUAGCAGCAGUGUAUUGUCAAGUAAAAAAGGCACAGAAUAGCUGUUGAGUCGGGGCUUUUUGGUCUAUUUAUCCACCAUAGUCACGACUAAGUCAAGGUACUUCACCUUCAAAACAUCCCACAAAGAGUUCAAACAUGUCGACGUCAUGUGAGUGUCUGUUAACUUUCCCUUGAAGAAAGUUUUGUGUGUCUUAUUUGAUUUUUUCUCUUUUUUCUUUUUUGUAAACUGAUUCUGAUGAUUGUCCCUUGUCUCCUCUGCUUGGUUGGUCUUUUUAAUGAGCUCUGUGUGUGUGUGUGUAUAAACUCCUGUGUUGGUGUGUGCUCACUGAGAGACGAACCACGCAGCAGGACGCAGACAGACGCCCAGAUGCUGCCCGCUGAAUUAUCCCCUCAGUGGGUGUGUGUUCGUCACUCGGCCCUAUCGUUUCUCAGCAGACGGAUGACAUCCACAGGGGGAAUGGAGGGAGGGAUGGAGGGAUGGAUGGAUGGGGGGAGGGAGGGAGAUGGGCCCUUCUCUGGUCCCUUUGAAGAGAUCUGAAGUGGGAGGAUGGGCCUUGUGGGGCCUGGACAGCUGCCUCUCUAUGAGACUGUUGCUGUUUCUCUCUGCAUAUUUCUUUUUUUUUUCUCUAUUACUCAUUUCCCUCCAUCUCAUAGCUUUUUUAUUCCUUUUUUCCUCUCUCAUCCCAUCUAUAUUUUUUUUUUAGGACUGAAGGUCCAGAGCCACAGAAGGCUCUUGGAACUUGGUACUACUCCAGCUUUAUGUUUACACCGUGAGCAACCACAUUGCUGCAAAGCCACUCAGCUGAUUUGAUUAUGAGCUGUACAGCCAGUAAAUGGUGUAGUGGCAACAAGUACACAAGCAGCAAUUUUCUCCCUUCCACUUACAUUAGUUUCACCUUAAUGAAUUUGAGACGUAAAGUUGUCUAAACACUAUCUGCAAAGAGUCUGUGGGGUGAACUUGGAUUAAAUUGGGUUUACCAGGCACUGAAAUGCUGCUUCCAGUGUUGGUGCAGAGGCAGGGUACAGAAUGCUACAAGCACAUGAUCAGUAACAUUUAAGUUUACAUCAGUUGAUCUUUAGGCUAUAGGUGGAAUGUGUUUCCUUCAGACUGGUGUGUCAGGUGGGUCUACAGAUUUCAUGCUCAUACUACUGAAUGAAUUUUUUAGAGCAUCUAUCUGUACUACUGGUGUGUGUGUGUGUGUGUGUGUGUGAGUGUAUGAAUCGAACCUGAGGAAAAAAACCAAAGUGUGUUGUUGAGGUGGCGCAGAAUGUCUAAGCAGGGUGUGUAUCCAGCCGCCAGGUGUGAGAGGAUUGUGUUUCCAGCACUUUGUCCCAGGCAGGCUCCGAUUGUUGUUUCCCAAACUGUACAAGAAAAAAAAAAAAAGAAAGAGAGUCAUAAGGAAAAUCACUGCAUUUAUUUAAUGGAAAGUAUAGUAAAUGUAAA